AUGAAAUACCUGAUCUUCCUCCUCUUCACCAUUUCUUCGGGAAAAGCUGGAGCUCCAGAAGAAAUCGCAAAUAAAUUCGAAGCCGACCUCAAACAUGUUAUUGCCACAAAUACUUCAUUGGUGUAUAAAUUUUUAACCUAUGGUGACCUUAAUUAUAGAAUUGGAACAAUUAACGGGACUGAUCCUAAAAUGUUUGGCUGGCAGAUUGAGGAAAAAAAGAUUGUGAUUCUUGAAGGAACAAGUUCGAAAACAUUGAAAGCUGUGUUGGGAAAAGAUCGGAUUGACGUGAAUCACAAAUUGGAAAAUGGUAAAAACAUUCAUUAUGCAAUAAGAGAGCGUAAGCCUGACUGGAAAUGGUUAGAACAAUAUGUGAUGGUCGAGUAUUUUGAAAAUUAA